CGACGACGACGCCAACGCUGGACGGCUCUGACGUCAUCACGCACAACGUGUAGCACUGAAGCAACAUGGCUCUGAAUGGAGGUGACGAGGACUUUGAGUGGGAGCCUCCAACAGAGGCAGAGAUGAAGGUGAUCCAGGCUCGCAGAGAGCGACAAGACAAAAUCAGCAAGCUGAUGGGAGACUACCUGCUCAAAGGAUACAAGAUGCUGGGAGAGUGCUGUGAUGUGUGUGGGACAAUUCUUCUCCAGGACAAACAGAAGAAAAAUUACUGUGUCUCAUGUCAGGAGCUGGACUCUGAUGUUGACAAGGACAACCCUGCUCUGAAUGCGCAGGCAGCGUUGUCCCAAGUUAGAGAGAGACAGCUUGCAGCCCAGUCCACUGCACCGUCCCAGGCCCCUGAAAUGAAUGAAGGCCCCAGCAGCAGUCAGGCAAGUGUGUCAGUUCCUCUGCCCAGACCGGAGCACUGUGAGGGAGCUGCCGCGGGGGGGAGAGCUCUCCUGCCUCCACCUGCUGUCCCAUCUCCUUCACCUCCUGCCCCCACCCCAACCCUGGCACCAACUCGCCCCCCAGUUAUUCCACAGACCGCUGGCCUCCAACCUGUGUUGCAAGAAGCUGAGGAAGCUAUUCUAACCAAACUUCGCUGGGCCACUAACCAGCUACAGAGUUCGGCCUCCCUAGAGUCAAGUAUCCAGCUCUGCAGCCUCAUCGCCAGCUGUGCCAACUCGCUGCGCAGCCUCAAGGAGCUUAGCCAGUAACCACCAUGGCAAAGGUUGAAACCCUGGAUUAAUGGGAACGCUGUUUCUACUUGCCUCAGUCCUGGAAUACUGACUCUGGUUCGCUGCAUUGCAGCAUCUCUCUUUGACUGGAUCCUUGCGUAGAGCUGAAUUCUAAAUUAGUCAGGAAAUGCACUUGAAAUAAGAUUAAAGUUACCAUACCUACAUGGCUGGCAGAAAUAUCAUGUUAAAUUGUUUCAUAAUAUGUUUAAGUACAAACAUUUGUCUGUCAACUUUAUCAAUUUGUAAGUUAUGAUAUAAUAACAACUGAACAUUUCUAAAUGCAUAUUCAUCAUUGGUAUGAAUUUAAAACCAUCUGGCCAUUAAAAACAUUUUGAAAUGAGAUUUUAAUCUAUAUUCAACGGUAAAAGACUGGUAAUUUAUUAGUUGAUUGGCUUCGAUCCAUUAAUCCAAAAAUGGCCACCUAACUGACAUCUGGAAAAACUACUACUGAUUGGUUAUUCAGUAGUAUCCAAAAAAUGUGGAUUUGCAAAUGACAGAAUUCAAACAAAAGCUAAAACCCCAUUGCACAAAUGUCUGGAUAAUUGUGUGUCUGCACAAGCAAGUGUCUGUGCUGAUAUACAACAUACUAGUAGGCUGUAAGUCAUUUAUUAAAAUAUAUAAUCUGUUGGUAUGUUGUUAAACAUGCCAGUCCUCUAAUCAGAUGUGCAUUUUCUAUUUACUGUUAAGUCUGCGAUGGAUUUCUGUUGUAACUGACGCUCUGGUGAUGAAAGAUUGUUAUUGUGUGCUGGCAGUUCUGAGGUUUUUAUUGUAAAUAUAUUUGAUACAGGAUGUUGAUGAUGAUGAUUAGUCAUGUGAUUCAGUGAUGCACAGAGGCAACAUUCAGGAGUCAGACUCAUAAUUCUUUAUCCACUAAAACCAUCUGGAGCAAAUGCACUGUUCACUGUACAUUAAUAGACAUCACUUCAUAUUUGAUCAAAGCCAGCUUCAGUGUUGUUCAUGGCUGUUAGUUUUUUUCGACUAUGUACCUGAAUAAAGCUUUGCCUGUUCAGGA